CCUCCCUCGCUCACUUUCGCUUCCGCCGGAGCGCGGGACCCGCCGCCGCCGGAGCAUGGACGACCCGGACUGCGACUCGACCUGGGAGGACGGCGAGGAGGACGGCGGCGAGGGCCCGAGCGCCGGAGGCCACGAGGACGGCGAGGCCGGCGCCCCGGGGGACGCGGACGCGGAGGACGAGGACGCGGAGGACGCGCGGGCGGCGCGGCCCGGAGCGCUCCAGGCCAGGAUGCUGGGGUCCCGGAACUGGCGAGCGAUGCGGGACACACGCAGGUACCGGCACAACUACCCGGACUUGAUAGAGCGGGACAGCAACGGUGACAUGCCCAACCUGAGUUUCUACAGAAACGAGAUCCGGUUCCUGCCCAACGGCUGUUUCAUUGAAGACAUUCUUCAGAACUGGAGGGAGGACUAUGACCUACUGGAAGAGAAUCACUCCUACAUCCAGUGGCUCUUCCCUCUGCGUGAACCGGGAGUGAACUGGCACGCCAAGCCCCUCACGCUGCGGGAGAUUGAGGCAUUUAAAAGCUCCGAGGAGGUCAGGGAGCGGUUUGUCCAGGCCUACGAGCUCAUGCUGGGGUUCUACGGGAUCCAGCUGGAGGACCGGGACACCGGACAAGUUCGCCGAGCACAGAACUACCAGAAGCGCUUCCAGAACCUUAACCGGCACAGCCACAACAACCUCCGCAUCACGCGCAUCCUCAAGUCCCUGGGCGAGCUGGGCCUGGAGCGCUACCAGGCGCCGCUGGCGCGCUUCUUCCUGGAGGAGACGCUGGUGCGCGGGGAGCUGCCGGCCGUGCGCCAGAGCGCGCUGGACUACUUCGUGUUCUCCGUGCGCUGCGCGCGCCAGCGCCGCCGGCUGCUGCGCUUCGCCUGGGAGCACUUCCGGCCGCGGCGCAAGUUCGUCUGGGGCCCGCACGACAAGCUGCGCCGGCUGCGGCCGGCCGAGGGCGCGGGGUGCCCCGGGGACCCCCUGCGCCAGGCCGGCGCCUCGGGACGGACCUGCGGGCCGGGGCGGGCCGAGGGCGGGGACGGCGCGGCCGCGGGUGCCCCGUCGCCGCCCGGCGACGCCCUGGCCAGGGACCGGGAAGGGGAGGCGGGGGGCCGCGGGGAGGAGGACCCGGAGCCCCCGAGCCCCAAGGAGAGCAAGAAGAGGAAGUUGGAGGCCAGCCGGCGGGAGCAGGCCCCGGGGGAGCCGGGCGCCCAGAGCGCCUCGGACGUGGAGAAGAUUGCCCUGAACCUGGAGGGCUGCGCCCUCAGCCAGAGCAGCCUUGGCGGGGGGGCCCAGGAGUCGGGCAGCCAGGCCCCCGGGGAGGCCGAGCAGCCCGGGCAACAGGACGCGGGGGCCAAGGUGGCGGAGGAGGUGAGGAAGAGAAGGAAGGUGGAUCAGGGCCCUGGGGACGGUUCCUCGGUGGGUGGCGAUGGUGGGGACAGUGGGACCAAGAGGCCAGUCCCCGCCUGGCAUGGCGCAGUGCCAGGGUGUCCUGAGGCUCAAGAGGGUGAGAAUGGAGUGGAGGAGGCAGGAGGCUGGGCAGGGCUGCAGCCUGCUGCCCCGGGGAGCUCAGCCACCGCAGGACCAUGGCUAGAUAAGAAAGCUGAGGUGGGGCCUUAGACCAAACCCAGAAACCCUUAAGGGAAGCAGGUGCCCGUGGGCAUCCCGGCCGGGCCACAGGUCUGGGGAGCCCCGUUGCCCUCUGUUCUCAGCACCGUGCAGUCCUGGCCUCUCCCUGAUCGUCACUAUAGUGGCCACCGCAGCUGCUGGAAAGCCAGGACUUGGAAAUCCUGACCUCGAACUGCCCUCCUGCCGUCUCCUCUGUGCCCUGCCCCCUACCUGGCUUUGUAAAUUGGCCUGAGGGGGGGUUCAUUUUCUUAGUCUGGUGCAGAGGCCUUUUCUGAAUAAACUCAUUUGACUUUGA